ACAUGGAAAUUAAAAAUGAAAAUAUUGAAUGUCAAGUUGUAAAUGAAAAUAAUGAGUUUGAAAUAAAAAAUGACAAUGGUGAAUUGGAAUUUAAAGUUUUAGAACAAACUUCUUUUAUGAAUGAAAUCUGUAACUUUAAUGGUCUAGAAACUUCUGAAGAUGGUUAUCUUUGUAUCAUUACCAAUGUUGGAUUGUAUAUGUUUCGUUUUCGUGGGUAUAUGGGAAAUUUUUUAAAAAAAAAUCCGUCCUUUGCAAAAUCAUUUUUGAAGCCCAGUGAAUUUUCAAUAAGUGACAAUUUAGGAAUUAAUGCAGACGGUUUUGUAGAUUCAAUACCUCGUUAUGAUUUAUAUGAAGUUCUUCUACGUUCAGACAUUUAUCCUAAGUUAAAAGUGUCUGAUAAGUGUCAACCAAUUUCAGUGAAGUUCUCCCCCCGAGGAUUAACUUCUAAAACAUAUUGUGCAGUUGCUGUUUUAACCAACUUUGGCUCCUUAGAAAUAUUCAUACGAAGAGUACAUGUUAAUUAUGUUGAAGAAUUUAUAUGCCUGUGUAACAUUAGUCAGUGUCUUAUAAACCUUUUUAUGAUCAAUUGGAAAAAUGUUGAUUAUAAUGAACCAGAAGCACAACUAACAGAACUUAAAAAAAGAGUAGAAAUGGUCACCCCCAUAUCAUUUACUUGGAGUCAUUUGAUAAGCAUUCAAGAUUUAAGUUUCUGUAUUCUAGUUGUUGGUCAUGAAGGGGCUUUGACCUUUUGGAAAAUUAUUUCUCAUGAGAGUGAAAUAAUUGAAAAUGGAUUGUUUUUAAAAAGAAUUGAAGUACCUGUUGGAAAAAUCACCACAUUGAAGUGGAUACAGGCAGAAGAAGAUGCACUGCUGCUAGUGGGAGAUAAUCUUGGAAAAGCCAUUGCAUUGUGCAUUUCUGAUAUAACUGAACAUUCUCUAUCUGUUUCUGAGGAAGUAAUGAUUUAUGAGCAGGAUUUCAUCAAAAUUAAUUCUUUUCAAGUAUUUCGAAAUGAAGGAUACAUGUAUUUAUUUAUCAUUAAAGGAAUUCAUUUAUUAAUAGUUGUUCUAAAUCAGGAUGGAAAAUUGGUGGAUAAAUCGGUAAUAAGUGUAGAUGGUUAUCAAAUAACAGGUUUGGAGCAUUAUGAAAAAGACCUUUACUUUGUUCUUUGUUACUCAGGAGCUUUGAUUCAAUUCAAAAUAAAUUUGGAAAAUGAAAAAUUAAAAAUAUUAAAGAAAUAUAUUCAUUUGAAAAUUGAUUUUAGCAUUAGAAGGGCUCAGGGCUUGUAUAUUUCCCCAAAUAGGGUGUACAUUUGUAUAGUAGCACCCCUGUAUAAGUUAAUUAAUUUACGAAAAAACAAAGGCAUCAUCAAAGUUUUAACUUUGAAAAAUUGUAGGAAAGAUCCCUUGCAGAUACUUUUAAAUAAUGAGAGUGGAAGUAUUUGCAAUUAUUGGGAUUGUUUAGAAGUAUUAAGACUUAAUGGUCUAGUUGAAAAGAAACUUCCAUGUUUUGGUCUUCCUCAAAAUGUUGAUUAUGAUUUGUUUUCACUUACCAAAUUAAAGACAUACCUGUGGCUAGCAAAAGCCUCAGAAAUGAUUAUUGAUAAAGUCCUUUUUAUUAAUGAGUACAAUAUUAAAACAUUUGACGAUAUAAAGAUGAUUUUAAAAAUUAAAUUAACUGUAAAACAUAUGGAGGACCUCUUUGAAUUGUAUAACAAAAAUAAGACGCUUACAAAGUUUCAAAUGAACAGUUUGUAUUUACACAAUUUAUUUUUAAAAGAUGUUGUGUAUGAUAACAGGUUGGAGAAACUUGGACUUGGAGAAAAUACAUUUGAUAGCAUUACAGUGGCUUUAACAAAAUCAAAUUGUUUUGAAUACCCAGAAGUGCCUACUUGUUUUAUAUGUGAAGAAAAUAUCCUUUUAAGUAGUUCUUGUAGAUUCAUAUUAUGUAUAUAAUAACGUUUAGCUAUUAUGAGACAUUAACUAGGUAGAGGUGAUUCAAAAUCUCAUGAGCUUUCACAUGCGCGAGAGGCGGACGUUACUGCUUUCAUACUGUACGUUACAAAAACAUUGACUCGGCAGUUAGUCAUGUGUCUCGCUGUAACACCCGGAGAGGUAUUCAACCUUUUCACUGAACUGAUACCAUAUGUAUGCAAACUUUAGACAUUUCUUAUGCAAAACUCUUAUGGGAAACUAUUCCUGUUAUACCAAUAUUAGUUCGAGUGAAAGAACAGAAUAGCUUUCCAGGAUGGAGCUCCAGAUAAACCAUAAACAGUGACGGACAAUAUUAUGUUUAAGAGCUCAUUGGUUCGAGGUGUGUGAUACUUCAUGAAGAUAACAGAUGCUCCAUUUCAGACAUGCAAAUUGUUUGGCCCCCUUACUACAAGUGUCCA